GCUAAACAAUUGGGCUGGGUUCGGGUCCAUUCCCCAUGGAAAUUACUAACAAAACCCUCUCAAACCCUAACUAUCCCCCCCUCCCCUUUCAAACCCUAAUCCCUCUCCUCAUUUCUCCUCGCACAGCCGCGCACAGCCCCUGCGUUUACUUUCUGUGGUAAGUCAUGGUUAAGCAUAACAAUGUUGUGCCAAAUGGGCACUUCAAGAAGCACUGGCAGAAUUAUGUCAAAACUUGGUUUAACCAGCCCGCCCGCAAAACAAGACGACGGUUAGCUAGGCAAAAGAAGGCUGUGAAGACAUUUCCACAGCCCACAGCGGGACCACUUCGACCUAUCGUCCAUGGACAAACCCUGAAGUAUAACAUGAAAGUUAGGGCAGGCCGGGGAUUUUCUCUUGAAGAGCUUAAGGCAGCAGGCAUUGCAAAAAAAUUUGCUCGAACCAUUGGCAUUGCUGUUGAUCAUCGUCGCAAGAAUCGCUCUCUUGAAGGUCUUCAAGCUAAUGUGCAGAGGCUAAAGACAUACAAGGCUAAGCUGGUUGUCUUUCCAAGGCGUGCAAGAAAAGUCAAGGCUGGUGAUUCUACUCCUGAGGAACUUGCAACGGCCACACAGGUCCAAGGUCUUUACAUGCCGAUUGCAAGGGAGCAGCCCACCGUUGAGCUUGUGAAGGUCACCGAUGAGAUGAAAUCAUUUAAAGCCUACGCCAAGCUGCGGCUAGAACGAACGAAUCAACGCCAUGUUGGUGUCAGGAUGAAGAGGGCUGCUGAGGCAGAGAAGGAAGAAAAGAAGUAAAAGAUGGGAGGGAGAGGCAGUGAUUCUGGUGUCCCUGGGUAGAAAUCCUCAAAUUUUUAGGCCAGAAUGUGGUUACCAAGUUUUAAUCCAUUUUAUUACCAAUGAUGCCAAAACACAACGUUUGCAGUUUUGAGUAGGCUCUAUGGACAAAUGUUAUGCCUUAAUCCUUGGUUCUGAAUUGCUUGGAUUAUUUUAUGUUAAUUUCCCUUUUUUGCUUGAUAUAACUUACUAGAACAACUGUUGUGCCUUUUGAAAAAUUGUGUAAUUUUAAUUUUCUUGUUUCGGGAAUCAUAUUGAGGUUUGUUGGUUGGUC